ACCUUCUGGUCUGCUGCUGCUGCUGUGUUCAUCUUCGAUCUCCAUUCCCCGUCUCCCCUCCCUCUGGUCGGUCUGGGAGCAAGAGAGGAGACGAGAGGCUGCCUGCUCGUGCUCGAGCUCCGCCACCCCCUCCAACCACACCCGGCAGGCAGGGAUGGACGACUACGCGCGGGAGAUGAUGGAGCUCAAGACGCUCGUCACCCGCACCCUCGAGAAGAAGGGCGUCCUCGCCAAGAUUAGGGCUGAGCUAAGAGCAAGUGUGUUUGAGGCCAUAGAAGAGGAGGAUCGGGUGAUAGAGAAUGAAGAUGGUGGGAAUUCUGCUUUGCUUGGUAGCUGCAAUGACCGGGCUAAGCAACUGCAUGCUUCACCUUCAGGUAGGUUAUUAACAGCACUUGUAUGCGAAUACUUGGAGUGGGCGCAACUAAGUCACACAAUGAAAGUUUACUUGCCAGAAUGUAACCUGCCCAAGGACUUCUGGAAGAAUGAACUGAAGGACUUCUCUAACAAAAGUGGAGCUGAAGGGAGCAGGAGUGCUGAAAGCGGUCCAAUGCUUUUAGAUGUUCUCGAAGGUUAUCUGAAAUAUGAGAAUUUAUCUCAAACAAGGAUGGGUGGUAGGAGGAUGAUGAGUUCAGAGUCUGAACUUUCACUAAAUGCUGAACAUCGGAACUUGAGGAGGCCACCAUCAUCGUCAGUUGGGAGCCUGCCUCCUAUGGGGAGGCCAGUCUCAUCAUCGCAGACAUCAGACCGCCGAGGGGGUUCUUCAGCUUCGAACACGAGAAAAGAUGAGUAUAAUUGGAGAUAUGACCCAGAAGAUAUAUCUGAAGAGGUGCUGCGGACAUCGACUGCUCUAGAAAACAUUCAGUUAGACCGGAAAUCUAGGAAUCUGCCGACAUCUUGGAGGCAUUCGGGGGAUGCUGCUGAGUAACAAACAAUGAAGGCUUUGGAGUCGGUUGGUUGGUCGUGUAAUUUGUACCAUUCGUUUGCAGUGCUUGGAGUGUGAGUGAGAUCGCUACUGUUAGAGAGAUGAUGCUUGACUGGUUAUGGUUCUCUUGUAACAAACAAAACAAAUGUUGCUGCUUAAUUAAGGGUUGAUUAGAUUAUUACUAUUCAUUGAUGCCUACCUGCGCCUGGCUGUAGGUGUUGGUAGAUAUUAGUGCUCCUGGCUGCAAAAUUAAGGGGAAAAAGAUUAAGGCAUACAUGCAUGCAGUGAUAUUGUAUGCUGACGUGUUGUGACAA